AUGGUGGCCACCGAGGGGCUGCGCGAGAUGGAGGGCAGCGCGCUGCGCCGGCUCGUGGGCCGCGACGAGGCCGGGGCCGGCGGCGCCGCGCGGUGCCUGGUGCUGGACUGCCGCCCCUUCCUGGCGCACAGCGCCGGGCACAUCCGCGGGGCGCUCAACGUGCGCUGCAACACGAUCGUGCGGCGGCGGGCCAAGGGCGCCGUGAGCCUGGAGCAGAUCCUGCCGGCCGAGGGCGAGGUGCGGGCGCGGCUGCGGGCCGGGCUCUACGCCGCCGUCGUGGUGUACGACGAGCGCAGCCCGCGCGCCGAGGCCCUGCGCGAGGACAGCACCGUGGCGCUCGUGGUGCGCGCGCUCCGUCGCGACACGGCGCGCGCCGACAUCCGCCUCCUGGCAGGGGGCUAUGAGCGCUUCUCCUCGGAGUACCCCGAAUUCUGCGCAAAAACCAAGUCUCUGAGCAAUGUGUCACCCCCCACCAGCGCUGAGCCCCUGGAUCUGGGCUGCAGUUCCUGUGGGACCCCCUUCCAUGACCAGGGUGGGCCUGUGGAGAUCCUUCCCUUCCUCUACCUUGGCAGCGCCUACCACGCAGCCCGGCGGGACAUGCUGGAUGCACUGGGCAUCACAGCCCUGCUGAACGUCUCCUCAGACUGCCCCAACCACUUCGAGGGGCACUACCAGUACAAGUGCAUCCCUGUGGAGGACAACCACAAAGCUGACAUCAGCUCCUGGUUCAUGGAGGCAAUUGAGUUCAUCGACUCAGUGAAGGAGUGCUGUGGCCGUGUCCUGGUGCACUGCCAGGCUGGCAUCUCCCGCUCGGCCACCAUCUGCUUGGCGUACCUGAUGAUGAAGAAGCGUGUCAAGCUAGAGGAGGCCUUCGAGUUUGUCAAGCAGCGCCGGAGCAUCAUCUCCCCCAACUUCAGCUUCAUGGGGCAGCUGCUGCAGUUCGAGUCGCAGGUCUUGGCCACUUCGUACGCGGUGGAGGCCGUCAGCCCCUCGGGGACGCUGCGGGAGCGGGGCAAGGCCACCUCCACCCCCACCUCGCAGUUUGUCUUCAGCUUCCCGGUGUCUGUCGGUGUCCAUGCCACCCCCAGCAGCCUGCCCUACCUGCACAGCCCCAUCACCACGUCGCCCAGCUGUUAGCUCAGGGCCAGGCCAGCCAGGCGGCAGUGCCAGGCGUGCAGGGGCGCCGAGCCCCGUGAUGUUAAGCAAUAGUGCCGGACACUGCCCUUCACCCUGGACUCGCCAUCUUUUUCGUAGAGAAAUUUCUUACCUCAUCUUGGUUUGUUUGCUUUUUAUUGUUAUGUUUUAAAAGCACGAAGUUGUAAAAGCCACAAACCUUGACAUUGUCCAGGCUCUUUGGGGGAGGAACAAAAUAGUAUACUGGGUUUCCUCAAGUGCCUGGUCUUCACGUGUUUCCAUCCCCAUUUUACUGUCUUGUUUUUUACACCUCCCCUUCUCCCCAUGUUUCUGGUCCCAGCUCAUCUAGGUUGACAAGGGAGCAUUCCCUGUUUUUGUUGUGCAGCAGCCUUCCCUCUUGCAGAGACACCUUGGUGUGUGUGGUGGGUGCUGCUUACCUGAGCCAGGUACACUUUGGACAAGCAGAGCUGCAGGCAGGGCCUUGGGGCGAGCAGGAGUGGUGGCACAGGGCUGCCUGCACUCAACCUCAGCCCUGCCAGUGGCUGGGGAGAUGAGGCAGGAGCUGGCAGGCACCUGCUAAAUCACCAGCUGAGCCUAUUCCAGGGGAAGAGUAAUCUUUGUGGUUGGGAAGUGGUUUGGAGGGAGAGAUGUAGUCUUAAAUGCCUCUUUUCUUGCCCCUGUGGAUCACUGGUUUCUAGAAAACUUAGGUCCAAUCUCCUGUGGCUUUAAGAUGAGAAAGAAGGGGUUGGGGCAGCAGUCUGGGCUGCUUUUGAUUACUCUGUUCAGUUUCCUCUUCACCGGUCCCACUGCUGCUCUUCUUCCAAAAGUAGCGGGAAGGGACAUGGGUGGGCCAUAAUGGAAGAGAGAAGCUGUGGGGUGGAGGACAGGCUGGCCCAGAGGUGUCAUUUAUCCACCAUUUUCAAGCUUCUCCCACCUCAUGACCAGCCCUUUUCCUGUGCUGAGUCUUGUUCACCUGUGCAACAUUUCUGCAGCUUUUGGCCCAAGCCUUGAAAAUGCCUCAUCUUCAACCCACCUGGAGCCUUAUUUCCCACCCUACCUCUGUCCUUCCCUCCAGCCCAGUCCAACACACAAGAUGCCUGUGUGGCUGAUGUACAUAUGUAUGGUUUUGUUCCUUUUUUUUUUUUUUCUAGAAAUUAACUUUUUAUUUAUUGCCUGAGGGAGGGAGAAAACAUUGUUUGGAGAAAAUAAAAAUAAAACUGUUUUCAACAGUUUGGCUGGAGCAAAUUUGUCCUAAAACCAAGACAGAGCAGCAGGUUCUGCACACAUUCCAUUUUCACAGAGCAACUGUUAAAAAUGUAUUUAUUGACUUUUAAACUAUUACAGGUAUUGCAGAUCAGACAUUUAGCCAAGCACACUUAUAGAUCAAACUCAGUUGUUACAGAGAUGUUACCUAAAGUCCACCAUGUAGGUAGGCUGAGAAACUGCCCAUUGUCUUCAACUUUGAGAGAGAAGGUAAAAGAAGAAAUAAAUAAAUGAUAUCCCAGCUCCAGGUAAUUGGCAACCAAGAGAGGACAAAUACAGGGGUAGUUAUGAAAACAAGUUACACAAAAAAGGUCUAGAAAUUCAACCCCCAGCUACAUUGCCAUGUGGCUUGCCAGAGAAAGCAAUUAGGAAUGACAAAGCACAAACUCAUGGGACCGCAGCACAGAAAAUCCCCAUUUCAAUUUCCAAAGCUGAAGCAAGUUCUGCAGAUGUUAAGAAAGUGUCAAAAUUUUCUUGUAAUAACAGAGAUUCUAAUAAUCUACAUUAGUAAUUAAUGGGACCAGCACUAAAACUUGCCACCAACACGUUCAGCAAGACCGAUACAUAAAAACCAGCCAGAUAAUGUGACUUGACAGGCAUAUGUGUCAGUGUAAUGGAAAUCCAUCUGCUUUCCCAUGUCCCCUACAGAUUCCCAGGCUCAUCACCUUGCUUCACAGAUUUUAACACAUAUAAAGUGUUCCCCAAUCCCCUGGGUUUCACAUCUACUCUCUGUUGAGAGAGGUGGGAACACUGCUGCUCCCUCUCUGCACAUCUGUCCUGCCACUCUUGGAAAGACCAGGAGAACAUGCUCUGGGACUGUGCCAAGCCACCACCUCUGAUCACCAAUGGAUUCAAGUCUGUGGAAGUUCACAAGCCAGUUGCUACAUGAGAUAAGAACUGAGGAUGUGCUUUCCCAGGUGUUCCCUAUGCAGGCUGCAGCACAGCUUACAAUGUGGCACAAAUAUUCAGUUUAACAUACCUGAAGCAUGCAUUAGAUGCACCUCCUCUUGUUUUUCUGAGCUAGCCUUUCUGUAGCAAAUCAGCAUGGAAACAGAGAAAUCCCACUGAAAAUAAAUUCACACAUUUCCUGGCAUUGAGCUGAGAAUGAUUAGCAAUGUUCAAACUAAUCUGUUUUGUGGCUGGACCCUUCCUUUUUACCCAUCUUGAAAAAUCCUGUUCAGGGCAAUUUCUGUUAGCAGUCCCACAUGGAAA